GCGCUACGAAUUUCCGGCGAGGAGCUGGCUGCCGCCGUGUCCUCUGUGAGGGAGGGCCGGACCCGUCGCCUCGUUCUCCUCAGCCGCCGCCUCAGUCGGAUCCGCGAGUGGGGGAGAGGUAACAGCUUCAAUAAUGUCGUUCAUCUUUGAGUGGAUCUACAAUGGCUUCAGCAGUGUGCUACAGUUUCUAGGACUUUAUAAGAAAUCUGGAAAACUCGUGUUCUUGGGCCUGGACAAUGCAGGCAAAACCACUCUUCUGCACAUGCUCAAAGAUGACAGAUUGGGCCAACAUGUUCCAACACUACAUCCAACUUCAGAAGAGCUGACAAUUGCAGGAAUGACUUUCACAACCUUUGAUCUUGGUGGACAUGAGCAAGCUCGCAGAGUUUGGAAGAACUACCUACCAGCAAUUAAUGGGAUUGUCUUUCUGGUGGACUGUGCGGAUCACCCUCGCCUCCAGGAGUCCAAAGUCGAACUUAACGCAUUAAUGACAGACGAGACAAUAUCCAAUGUGCCAAUCCUUAUCUUGGGGAACAAAAUUGACAGACCAGAGGCCAUCAGUGAGGAAAAACUGCGUGAGAUAUUUGGGCUUUAUGGGCAGACCACAGGCAAGGGAAACGUACCACUGAGGGACUUGAACGCCCGCCCCAUGGAAGUGUUCAUGUGCAGCGUGCUCAAGAGGCAAGGCUACGGAGAAGGGUUCCGCUGGCUAUCUCAGUACAUUGACUGAUAGACGGACAGUGAAAAUAAAAGAGUUUUACUCCUCUGGACUGAUCCUGUUCACAAGCUUCCUCCCGGACUUUUCUCUUCGAAACCCGGAAAGCUCUCCAGCCACAGCCUGGUCCCGCUACCAGGAAUCUCGGUCAACUCUCAUUGCACAGUGGUGACACUCGCUCUUUUCCACACCGUCGGGAGGUAAACGAUCCCGGAUACCGGGGCCGCCUGGCUUUCCGGUCGCUAAGGGGCCCAGCCCCUCCCCUCCGCCAUGCAAGACUGAUGUCCUGGUCGCCGAAAAGCAUAACGCGUCUCACCACUGUGGCCAAUUGAUUGGAAAAAAGAAAGCGAUUCUAUUUUUUAAAGCAAACGUUGCCAGGGGGAAUGGCGUCCCUUCUAGUUCUUCUUAGUUUAACAUUCAUCUCGUUUGGUCCGGAGUCUCUACUAUUAUUGGGGUUUAUUUUUAAUCUAUUUAAUGGCAUUUAGAUGUUUCACAGAAUACCGAACCGAUAUCACGCUAUUAGAGGUCGACAGUAAACCUAGAUUUGGGCGCGCCCGCUCUGCAGGGUGACUUGGUUCUGAUCUUGGAGGCUGAUGCCGAAGGAGGCUCUCUGAGGCUGUUCUUGAGUCACGGGAACGCGGAUUGGAGUGGGGCACGAGAAGACUCAGCUGACUCUUCUCUAACUCCGUCACAGCGAGGGAGGCUCCCUUAGAAGGAGACUCUGUUCGCCUUAGAAGAGCGAGAACCAAGGAAUAAGCAGUCUCGAUCACGUUCGUCAGCAGGCUGCCGAAAGUACGGCCGUCGUUCUGGGUCAGGGAAUGGUUCUGUACGAUUCCCCCCGAGUGAACAGUAAAUCACAAAAUAGACCUUUUGGGUUUUCCGGAGCCUUUAACUCUGACUCCCGGUUACGGAUGAAGCCGGUUUCUUUGCAUCCAGCCUCUUAUGAAAUUUCAUUCCCGAGCAGAACUCCCGUGUCCUGGUUUCCGUUUGAGAAACCAGCUGAUCGGCUCCCUCUGGAAGAGAAAAUGGAGACCACGUCAACAGUGAAUAGUCGUGUCUGUUUACUUGUCUCCUAAACGUCUAGGUUAGAGAAAAGGCAUCGGAGUAGGGAAGAGUAGAUGGGGGUUAAGGGGCCACCUCCAGAGCUCUCGGGCUGUCAGGUUCUCCGGGAAGAAUUUCGUUCACCUGGGACCUCGAGAGACAGAAAGCAGAUCCUGGCAGUCUUGGAUUCUGAGGGUUGUGGGUGAUUUCAGAAACGAUGGCCUUCGGGGAGACUCUCACCGCUCCGACACGGUAACUGAGCCGAUCCUGCGCUGUCUGCGACCCCAACUCUCUUCCCUCGUUACGAAAUGGAACCAGACGGGCCGUCCUUUGUGGAUUUUCAAGCGAAUGUUACCGGAGCCCUUUCUUUCCCAACCGUCGGUUGGACAGCCUUCCUCUCCCUCAGCCUCGAAAGGGGCCGGUCGAACACUUAUUCCAAAAGUUUCCGUGGAGCUGCUCACCUUGAACCGGCUUCACCCACUAAAUCCGACCUGUGGGGUAAUCGCAUUAGCCUCGCUGAGCUGCGUUUGUGUGGGUGGUUUGAUUGCAUCACCUGGCUCCAUUGCCAAGCGAGGUCGGAUUUCCAGUGUUUUAACCGGUCCUUGAAGGCAGCGAAGCCUGGGACUUGCGUUAAUAGGGGGUGGCUUCCUACCCAAGGAUGAAGGGGGAGAAACAUUUCUUCGUUACUCCGUCAGACCGGUCACAGGUUCUUAGUGUUGCGGUUUGCCGGAAUGCUACUUUGCUCCCUUGUGGUAGAAGGCCCAGGGUGGAAAAGACCUUUCCUCGUCCCAACUUGAUGCCCGAUGCCUCUCUUGAUGUCUCCGUAUUUUUCCCCAAAUCAUUCCCCGGGUGUAUCCUAAGAAGGCAGAAGCCACAACGAAAACCCCGUGUCCGUCCGGAAGAAACCUUAGCCGGCGAAGACCCCUGGUUGCGAGAAACUGCUGUCGGACCGUCCCGCUGACUCUCUUCAGAUGGGUUUGAGGGACCCCCUCAGCAGUUGGUUCAGUCCUAAUUUUCAGCAUCAGGUUAACUCUACCACUUCCUUUAUAUUUUUCAGCCUUUCGAGCAUUUGUAGCGCGCUAGCCAAGCCAAUGCCUUUUGUGAAAGUGGUGUGUUGUCACUACUGGAGAAAGAGGGGGUUUAAAGUGAGUGACCUCGCCCUGUUGCCCGCCCCACAGUGUUCCUGAAAAGAAGUCCUAAGGAUGGGAAGAUACUGCCGUUAGAAGUUAACGCAGCCUUUGAAUACACCAGCCAGGAGGCAGCGCUCUUGACACAAGAGCUCCGGUGAAUUGAAACCUUUCAUUCUGUUUUUUUGUCCAAGUGCUUAAAAGUUCCCAUCUCUGGAAAACAAUCUUUUGCAAAAGAAGGUCAAUCUGUAUCCUAAGCAUUUUAAUAAAAAGUUAAAAACA